UUAGAAUGACAAACAGCUGUCGAUUAAGAUGACCGGUUUCUCGUUUAUUUACCUUCUAUUGAAGCAGUAGAUGAAAUAAGUAUAUGUGAUUAACAUCCAUGUUUAUUAGAAAUCCUUGAAAUUUCAAAAUAGGAGACUACCUUUAGUGCUGAAAAAUAUUUCUGCGAAUAUUUUAGAAAUUAAAUCAAACAUGAGUAAUUCACUACCACAGCUGUAUUCUUACAAAGGUCAAUCAUGGGAUACAUAUUUAAAAGAUAUGAAAGUUACUACCAAUCAAAUUUUGAUAGAUUCUAAAGACAACGAAGAAAGUGGAAAUGUUAGUUUACUUCCUCGAAAAGAUAUCAAUACUUAUGGAAUAUGUCCAAAAAUGGAAGUUUUUAAACUAAUGAAAUGCAAUUCCUGUAAUAAGAUGUUGUUACCUUCUGUUUUCAAAUCACAUAGAGAGAAAUUUCAUUCAGGGACAAAACUUAAAGUACCUGGAACUAAUACAACUUUAACAAGUACUUCUAGUUCCUCAACAGUUGCUAAAAAGAAAGAAAGUAGAAUCAAAGAGAAGAAGAAGAAAACCCAACCCAGUGUGCCACCGCGGCCGUUAUUUCCGAAGUCCCCGGCAGCCCCCUCUCCGACGAUCAUUGCGAAUUCAGUCGAAGCGCUACAACUUACGUCGCCGCUCCUUGAAACCGUUGCAACAGACCAAAUGAAUUCAUCACCAUCUUCUCAAACAAUUAUGCCACAAAAAGUUCCUUCCCAUAAGGAUGCAGUUUCUCCACCUCCUUCAACUACCUCCACUGUAUUGUUGGCAUCAGUAUCAUCAUCGACCCUUGCACCAUCCACUUCUUCACCAUCUUCCAGUUUAUCCCUACCUUCGAAUAAUUCAUCCUCCAUCAUUAGUACAGGGUCUAAAGUGUCUGCAUCUAAUGUGGUAUUUUCCACUUCCUCACUAACAAUUAUAAAUAAACAUAAGAAAUUAUUUCAAAAAAGUAAAAUACCAAAGGAUUCUCCUGAUGUUGAGAAACAGUCUGCAGUUACAGAUGGAAUGAAGGGACCAUGUAUAAGGUCUUCAGCUUCUACUUACCAACAGUCUUCUGCAAAACAUACGGCUGAAAUGAAUUCUGACCCUAAAGACAUAACAACCUUAGCUACCUCAACAGGAGUAACUGUUACAACAACUUCAUCAGCAACAUGUGCUUCGAUUUUUCAGAUAGGAAUGUCGCCCAUUGUCGGAACAUCAGCUACGUUGCCAGCACUUACAGUUCCAUUAACAACGCAAAGGGUUUUAUUAACUAUUCCAGGUCAUUUGUCUGCCAUUCAAAUGUAUAGUUGUCAUCCAAAACCAUUGUCUAUGCCAACACCAGUGACCAGAAGGGUAGGCGGUAGUUUUAUCCUUAGAAAUCAACGCUUAGAAAAACAAAAAAAUGAAAUUCAAAUGGCUAAAUGCAAUAUGAUUACUUCACCUUCUUAUAAAACAUUUUCUGUUUUAAAUAUGCAUCAUAAACCUAACAUUCUCAAAAAUAAUCCUAGAGGAAGUAAUAAAAUCCAAGGAAUUAAAAGAACUACUAAUGAUAAAUCUGUAAGUCUAGAACAUAAGCAAAGUAGAUUAACGUCAGAUGUUAACGGAUUUAUUAUACAUGCUGAUGUCAGUGAAAGUGCCGAAAUUCCACAAAGUAAUAAUUGUCUGCAGAAAAAACUUACAAUAUUUAACAUGAAAUAGCAGUUAGAAAAUAUGUAUCAAUCUCGUUCAUUAAAAUGAUUUUGAUGCAUAGACAGAAAAUGACUAGGUAUUUAUCCAGCCAGAAUAUAAUAAUAAAAAUGCAGACACCUUUCUACCAUUUUCCGUUGCUUUUAUUUAAAAACUAUUAAUUAGAGCUUCUUAGUGGCAAUAUUAUCGAAUCGUAUUUAGAAAUUGUGUUAUACUUGGUUUUGUAUAAUAAAAGUAUAAUACAGAAAGUAAGGUGCAUAUAAGAAUUUAUCUCCGUUAAUUAUUACUUUUGAAUUAACAGUUUUUUAACAUCGUCUUGAAGGGUGUCAACAGUUAACUGUAUCGUAUAUUUUAUUAUAGACCUUAUACAUAUAUAGUUACUUGUAGAGUGUGUGUACUAUUAAAGGAAUUUCGAAAUUAAUCUAAAAUUAAAAGUAAGUUUUGUUCUAUCAGUCAUUUUAAUGAACGGGAUUUGCCUAAGUUGCAAAUGUUCUAAGGCAGUCCUCCCAAUGUGUAGUUCUAAAGACUAUUUUUUUAAGACUGUUCUCAUAGUUAAUGUAAAUAGCAAAUGUUAAGUAUAUGCGUCGCUAAUAAUUUUGAUAUACAUUAUCGUGUUUUUUCAAUACAUAAUACGUAAAAUAUUAUUUACCCGCAGUGUUCACGUUUUUCUUUAUUUUCGAGUACUGAACGUUGGGCUCAUUUAUUAACGAAUCAGAUAAAAACCGUAAUAUUUUUAAAAAGAAAGUUGUUAAUGGAAAUUUAAUGCAGGCUUUAGUUAGUGAAGGUUUAUUGUUUUGUUUUGUUGUUGUAAUAAUUAGACGUUCUUAAUUUAUUAAUAAUUUAAAUUUAUUUAUUUCACGUUUAAAAAGUUCGAAACACGGUUUAAUGCUAUAACUUCUUCUUUGUAAAAAACGUUUAGAAAAUAAACUGGCGUUAAUUUUUGUUACUUUUGGCUUAUAAAAAGAUAAAAUAUGAAUGUCACUGUCUUUGCUUUAUAAAAAUAUUAUUAUUAUAUAAAGACCAAUACUACACGCAGUCAAAUGCUAAUUUGCAUAACGUAUUUGUUUUCUUUAUUAGUUUAACUGAACACAGAUAUUGUUAUAUUCUAUUCUUUUUUUGAAAUAUGUUUUAUCGUUACCGAUCUUAGAUUAAGUACUUCUGAAAAUGAAUAUGAAAAUGUACAUAGAAACAAGUUGUGUGCUUGUGUACUAGUAAAAGUGAAAUUUUUUAUUAAAAAUUAGUUAAUACAUUUAGUUAAAUGUAAACAUUAUAAAGGUAACUCAUACUACAAGGAAGAAGAGCAAACAUUUCAUUCGCCUGUAAAUAGAAAUAAAUAAAGCGUGACGAAAUAAUGGAGCAAUUAUUUAAAGCUAUUAAUGCAGAAUCUCGAAAAUUGACGGCAAUUUUAUUGCAAAUCGAAAGCUUCGUGUGGUGUUAUAUAUGUUUUUUGUCACACCCCUAAUCUUUAAUGUAAAGUUGUCAGUAGCAGUAUUAGAUUUAACAUAUUCUAUUUAAAUAAUGUCGAAGUUUAUGCCAAAAGUAAUGGCGUUAAGUACUUAAGGUUUAACUUUAUUUUUUCAUUUAAUAAUUUAGUAGAUGUUCCAUUUUUGUAGUGCUCAAACUUUACUUUUAUUCUAAGCCAUAGUUAAUGUAUUACUGUAGGUAUAUGACAGACCAAACGACUAAUUCGCUAUAGCCAUCUUCUCAAUUAUUAGAUUAUAUUAGUUGAUUGACAAAUGUUAUUAUUCGUUUUAAUUACAAUAUUUAAACACAAUUGGUGAUAAGUGAUAAGCAUAAAGUUUAGUGCAUAGUACGUUAUAGUCUCAUACUUUUAAGUAGUCCAUUUAAACUGCAUAAUAAUGUCAGUAAAAUUUCAAACAUGUGAGUGUAUACUCUCCUUUCUUGAUCACCUAUUUGCUACUUAGAUUGUUGAUGCAUAAAUCAGAGUAUACUGCACUAGUAAGUGUCUAGUUUCAAAAAGUGGGGGUCUGUUUUAAGGAUUCUCGUACUUUUUAAACUAGACAUUCAGUAAUGUAAGCAUAUAUAUACUUUCAUUUAACAUACUAAAAUCUGAGUCGCAUCCCAGGGAGCGAGUAGAUCUUCCCGAAAAGAGAGUAGACACUCACAUGUUGGAGAUUCUAAUCACUUUUUAUGUUUCUUAAAUGGAGUGGCCACUUCAAGAUUGUGAGGCUGUACUACGCAUUCAACUUUAUGCAUAUCAUCCGAAAUUUAUUAAACGUAUGUGUAAUUUCGUUAUUGAGAUGAUUAUCGAUAAUGUAAGAGGCUCUCUACCAUGCACAAUACUAAAAGUAUUCAGAUUGUGCAUAAUUUAGUAAAAAUAAAAACAAUUGGUCUCUCCAGACGAUGCUAAUAAUAACUAAUAAUGGAGAAAUAAUUUUAAUUAAAAAAAAUCGAGUAUAGUUGGCAUAAACUUUUUAACGAGUAAGUGUAAUACUUUAAAGUAACUACCUAAAUCUGCAUUGUAUUUACUGUGAUGGGUUCACAAGCAAUGCUCUAAUGGCUGUGAAUAUUGCCAAUUCCAGGCUGGCAACCCUACUGCCUGCGUGAAGUACUGGUUUGUAUUAAACAAGUAUAAAUAGUACUUUGCGAUGAUAUUUAUUUCUUUUUUUUUCGUUCAAUAAAUAUGUAAAUAGACGUUU